AUGGCGAGUCGUCGCCAAAGGCAAUUCGACCGCAAGUACAGUUCUUACAGAAAAUACACCGCAAACGAGGAUGUGAACUACAGUGCUCAUUCGUCUCGAUCGAGUUUUCGAUCCGAGUCGAUGACGUCACGAAGUGACGGACGUGGACGUUCAGUGAGCUCGGAAAUCAUUACGGGCUCUGAUACACGAUCGUAUCCGGUUUAUAUCGCGAUCCAGGACUAUCAACCAGAAAGCACCGAUGUUGAGGGUAUUCCCUUGGAACAGGGUCAGAUUGUCGAAGUAUUGGAUAAGAAGAAUCCAGCCAGUUGGCUGGUACGAACUAAGGUCUGGUCUGAUUUCUCGUCAGUUUUUUGUAGUAGUAAACAGAUCUGA